CUUGCUGGCGGCUUUUAUUUUGACAACAUGAAAGGGAAGUGCUUAAACGGAAGUGUGAUAUUGCGCUUGAUGGAUUGGUGGGCGUGUUCUGAUUCGCUGAGCGGGUGACGCCGCACGCACGUAGGCGCUUCCUCAACUUGACUAGCACAAACAGCGGCAUAGAAGAUGUUGGUCCUGGUCUUAGGCGACCUGCACAUCCCCCACCGGUGCAACACCCUGCCAGCCAAGUUCAAGAAGCUGCUGGUCCCGGGGAAGAUCCAGCACAUCCUUUGCACGGGCAACCUGUGCACCAAGGAGAGCUACGACUACCUGAAGACUCUCGCGGGCGACGUCCACAUCGUCCGCGGGGACUUCGACGAGAACCUGAACUACCCGGAGCAGAAGGUGGUGACGGUGGGCCAGUUCAAGAUCGGGCUGAUCCACGGGCACCAGGUGAUCCCGUGGGGGGACAUGGCCAGCCUGGCGCUGCUGCAGAGGCAGCUGGACGUGGACAUCCUCAUCUCGGGCCACACGCACAAGUUUGAGGCCUUUGAGAACGAGAACAAGUUCUACAUCAACCCGGGGUCCGCCACCGGGGCCUACACUGCGCUGGAAAGCAACAUCAUCCCCUCCUUCGUGCUCAUGGACAUCCAGGCGUCCACGGUGGUGACGUACGUCUACCAGCUGAUCGGCGACGACGUCAAAGUGGAGAGAAUCGAGUACAAGAAAUCUUAAUACAAAAAGAAAGAAGGGAGGAGAGGCGGGGUGGCGUGUUGUUGCAUUCCUUUCCACUAGGGGGCAGCGUCUGCCGCACAGUCCCAGCAUUGACGCUGACCUGUAUGAUAUUGUUUAUAUUGCGUCAUCCACAUGUGCGCGUCAUGAUUGAGAAAUACAAUGCUGUCACGUGACUUGGCUGUCCAACACACUUUUGGCGCCAUUUUUGUUUUUUCUUCUUGUAAGUGACCUUCAUUUAGCUUCUGUCCUGACUGCCACACAAUAAACUUGGAUUUUACUCCAAAA